UUUUUAUUUCGCCCCAAAACACUUUGCGUCGAGUCCUUUGAUCCUGCAAAAUGGUUUCCGAGUGGGUGGCACCGAUCGUUAUCACCAGCAUUUGGGCCUUCAUUGGCAUCAUCUGCCCCUUCUUUGCCCGAGGUCCCAACAAGGGGGUGACUCAAUGCUGCCUGAUGCUAACCGCAGUAACAUGCUGGCUGUUCUGGCUGUGCUGUUACAUGACGCAGCUGAACCCCCUGAUUGGACCCAAACUGAGCAUGAACGAAAUCAUGAUCAUGGCCCGCGAGUGGGGCAAUGAGAUCAAAAACACCAUGGAUGUCACCGUCUAAUC